AAUAAAUGGAAUCUUUAUUUUAUGUGUUGCUUGGCAGUAUACUAAAACUUUAGAUAAGACGAGUUUUCUAGUGUUUAUAUCAGCAGUUUUAAUUAUUACACUGCGUGACUUUAGAUGAUGUAUUGAAUAGAUGGCCGUAACCCUGAUCUGGAUGGUACUUGUGGGUCUCCUAGCGAUGGGUAUAGACUCUGAAGAACACUACACUUUCAAUACUCUUCACAAUGAGACUGGAUCCCUCGCCAACGUCUCUACUAACACCUCUACAAAACGUCAGAGGGACGUGGGGCCUCGUGUGUCCUUCAACGUGAAGAGAGCUACAGAUAAACUAACCGCCGUCGCUCACGUUCAUUUUCAGGAAGUGGUGACCAACACAGGAGGCGGUUGGGACAAUACAACCAGCGAGUUCGUAGUUCCUGUUGCAGGACGUUAUUUAUUCAUUUUCGGCGCUAUUAGUGACCAGACCAGCAACUUUGCACUGUCUUUGACCCACAAUGGCGUGAAUAGGGCGACUGCUUACGCGACAACCACCACCUUGGAAUACGCCUCCACCUUGGUGACCCUGGACCUCUACACACUUGACAGGAUAUACUUACA